GACCGGUCGGUCGGGCCACCAGUCAGCCUCCAGUGAGCUAGCCAACCUCUCUCUCUCCCUCUCGCUCGCUCUCUCGCGUGCACGUAGAGGCGCGCGCGCGCGGCCGCGUCCUCUCACCUAUACGAUAGCGUGCACACCCGCGCGUGCACACACAUACAUGCACACACGUUCAUAAACAUAGACAGAGUGCGGAGAAUUCACGGACACGCGGCUCGAACGUCGGUGUGGACCGAGUUACACGUGCACAUGCACACCAGUCGCUCUCGUUCUUUCUCGCUCCAUCCCUCUCCACGAACUUUCUUCGUCGCACGCCCGCCUCGAUCCUGCGAGGAGAGUCUCUAUCCAGCGAACGACACGAGAGGGAGUCCGAGUUCCUGGCUCGUCCCUCGCGGCUGCAGUGCGUUCCCAAACAUCCACGAGACAACCUCGAGGUGUCUGCACGUACGCACGCACGCACGCAUCAGCCGUUCAAGGACCACGAGGAGAGAGGAUUCGCUCGAUUCUGAUACUCGCUAAAUCGAAUCUAUCGUACGAGACACGAUCAGAGCCACGUUCGUUACCGCUUUUAUCGUUUACUUUAGCUGGAAGUUUCGAACGUCGAAAGAUAGUUUUUCCCCUUCGUCGUUUCGAAUCUCGUCUCUGACAAGUGGUGUCCCGCGCUCGAUCGUUCCAUCGUCGUGUAAUCGUCUCUUUCGAACUAUCCUUGAACUUCGUCGAGUCGCAAGCUCGAGUUUCCCGCGCGUGUUUCGUCGUGUGUGAUUCCAAGAGGAACCCGCGAGGAUCGUGCGUGCGACGGUGGACCUCGUGACGGGCCAAGCGGAAACGACGACGUGGUAGAAACGUAAAGGCAAUUCGAAGAUCGUUGCACCUCCGGUUUGCAAGUCUUUUGUCGAAGAAUAUUCCAAAGUGAAGCUCGAAGCGAUCCAUCCCGAUGAUAGAGAAAAAGUCCACGUUGCUCUGAGAUUCGGAGGAAAAGAAUCUCGGGGUCGAGCGAUAACGAUCGACGAUCGUCGAGUGGCGCUUCUCAUGGGAAAUGAGUCGAAGGAGAACGCGUGGUGGAUGUCAAGCUCGAUGGAGAAGCUAGCAGCGUGACGAGGGAGGCCGUGAUCUUCGCUACUGGUCGAGAUCUCGCGAAAUUACGGAGGGACGUGUGCUUCGUGGCUGGAAGCUGAGAGUGUCGACGAACGAAGGGGAAUAAUCGAGCGAACUUUUGCCGUGUGUCGGGAGAACUUCGGUCGCUGUGUGAUCAGCUGACGUGAAUCGGUGGCACAGUUGGUGCAAGGUUACCCGAUUCCGAACUCGAGGACACGGUGUGCGCGAAUGAAUCCUGUUGAUCCAGGCGUGUGAAACAGGAGAGGGUUAAAGGACGGGCGGUAGGGAAAAGGGUUCAGGGACGUGUAUCGACGAAUCUCGAGCGUGUAAAUAGGUGUACAGAUGGGUCGAGGACGUCGACUUUGAUCGAAGGAACGUCCUAGACGCAUUCUCCUUUUUCCUUCCUCUCGCGUACUCAUUUUCGUACCACGGUCCUUGCCAUUUUCCUCCAACGAUCUACGUGCUAGCACUAUAAUAAUAACGUAAUAAUAACGUAAUAAUAAACCAGGAUAAAUCGUUGCGCUACGACUUAAGGACCAUUUAUCUCGCAACGACGUUGCAGCGGACGACUUAAUAAAUCGAGCCUAUCAAAGUUAUAGAGAACCAAAGGGAUUCUAAGUAGCAACGCGAAUUACGUGUAAAUGUGUAUGUAUAGAACGUUUACGAAUUUAAACUGGUUCUGCGAUUCGUCGCCGCGUGUGUCUGUGUAUGCGUAGAAUUGUAUAAAAUAAUCUGUCUGUCGCGGAAUAUUUUCGUUGUCUCGUCUGUGGUGGGCGACGUUCGAUUCUGUGUUUCCAUUCGGUUACUAAACAGGACGAGUAAAUUACGAGUUUAAUCGUAAACAAUUCGCUGAAGUCACAAGUCGGAGCAGUACGGGUAUAUAUCCAGCGCUUAGCCUUUUUAGCCGUGGCGCGAUAAUUAAUUAGCUUAAGGGCGCCGUUCGGACUCGGGAAUAAGCAAACGUAGAGCCAAGCGUGUAGGAAAAGCUACGGGGAGUAGGGAAAGCUCGACGAUGAUAUAGCUCGAAUAUCGAACGUCAUAAGUGACACGCUACACGACCCGUCUCGGUAUCAAUUUUCUUCUCGUCGAUAGCUGCCGAGUAGAUUUCGCGAUCCAGUUCGUUUUGAGAAUCAUCGUCGGGCGAUCGGAUCGCGCGGAGGUCGUUGUUCGCUUAAUUCGAAGGUGUCUGAGCUUUAAUCUAAGAGGAAGGUAAAAAAAGGGGGACCAAUUUUUCACGCCCAUUCUCAAUCUCUAUCUUUUCCUUCUUUUCCAUCUUGGCCGCUUUUCUCUUUCUCGUCUCGCCGUCUAGCUGCCUCCCUCCCUUCCCCUAUCCGGCUUUAUCUCCUGAAUCCAACCAGCCAGCGGACUAUCCAUAAAUCUCUCUGUACGCUCUUUCCGUAUUAACUCCGUCAUCGUGAGACCGGCCGGAAUACCAGGAAUACGAAGAGGGAGUCGCAACUCACGCAAGCAAUAAAUCAAGGGCCAACCUACCAGCGCGACAACGUGGAACAGGAAGGUGAUACGUAGGCAGGCGCCAGGCGAGGAUCGCCAAAAAAUCAGAUUCUAAAAGACUUUGAUCCACAACGAGUGAGCGAUUCUGCACCUUUGUUUGUCGGAGGGUGAAACUAGAUACAAAAGUACAUACGUUUCUCACGAAGAAAGCGUAUAACCGAGAAUACCCAAGUUCCCGCGAACAAUAGUUCGAUACAAAAAAGGACUGUGCGUCAAGUAACGAGUAGAGAAAGUAGCCGUUCCUUCCUUCCUUCCUUCCUUCCUUCCUUCCUUCCUCUCUAUUCGAACCGAAGAGAGAUCCAGGAAAGAAGGAACGAAUUAUCCGCUGUCGCCAAGAAGCUACACAGGCCACACGCCAUUGUCCGUUUAAUGACGAUGACCUCAUCCUGAAACGGGCAUGACGCCCCUGGCCUCGAGAUGCGACGAGACCACUACCAUCCUGCUGUUGCUGCUACUCGAGCUUGCACCCGGUGCACGCUGCUACUCGCGCGCGGCCACCACGUCCGCCUCGACUUUGUCGAGAUAGCAUCUACAGUCGACGGCGAGGGUGCGAGUGAUGCCGCUCCUCGGCAGCAUUAUGACCAUCGACGCCGCCGGUAGUCCGACUACGGCGUCCACCAGCGUCUUCGACGAGAACAUGACGUGGUCUCGACCAACCGGUGGCACUACGUCUUCCACUAACGAGGCCCACUCGAUUGACAGCGCGAUCCUCACCGACGAGCAGCAACUGCACCGGCUGAUAGCCGCCGCGACCACGACUCACGACGAUCGUGGAACCACCCGAAUCCCCGAUCAAGUCGACCAAGGACCAGACGUCGAACAGCGAUCCUCCGACACCGGCAACGACACGACUACCGAGGCAAACGUUCGACAGGUGGCACCGAUCGAGAGAACCGGUGAUUGUGCCUGCGCUAGAUUCCGUGCUGGGGAUAUCGUGUCGGGUGCCAGAUUGCCCUUCCUCGUCACCGAACAGUUGGGCGAAGUGGAGGUCGCUAAUAUCAGCGAGGAAAGCACCGUUGCUUUCGAUAGCACCACCGGGCUCGGUGUCACCACCGACCAGGACGACGUGGAAGGUCUGAGAGAGCUGGAACUGUUGUUCGGCUUGGGCGGCAUAAUGGAGGAUAUCGGUGGAUCGUUCAACGACUCUUUCAACGAGAGUCUCUUGUUCCCGUGUAACGGCAGCUUGUGCAACGAAACGUCGUACAUCGUGUUCGGGGAGAGCUUGUAUCCAUCCGGAUAUACGCUGCCACACAUCAUUCUGGCGUCCAUCCUGGCGACGCUGUUGAUGAUCGUGAUCGUCGUGGGGAACAUGCUGGUGAUCAUCGCCAUAGCCACCGAGAAAGCACUGAAGAAUAUACAGAACUGGUUUAUAGCUAGCCUAGCCGUGGCUGAUUUCUUUCUGGGUCUGGUAAUUAUGCCUUUCUCGUUGGCUAAUGAAAUUAUGGGAUACUGGAUCUUCGGCUAUUGGUGGUGUGACAUUUACUCGGCCAUGGACGUGUUGCUGUGCACUGCCAGUAUCAUGAACUUGUGUCUGAUAAGCUUGGACAGAUUCUGGAGCAUCACGCAGGCGGUGGAUUACCUAAAGAAGAGGACUCCGGCCAGGGCAGCUCUGAUGAUAGCGCUCGUGUGGCUUUUGUCUGCUCUCGUUUGCAUCCCACCCCUAUUGGGCUGGAAGAGACCUACGCCUGCUGAAGAAUAUCCCAAGUGUAAGCUUUCAGAGGACAUCGGCUACGUCCUUUAUUCCGCGCUCGGCAGCUUCUACAUCCCGUCGUGCAUCAUGGUGUUCGUGUAUAUACGCAUUUAUUUCGCGGCGAAGGCUCGCGCGCGCCGCGGCAUCCGCAAGCAGCCGCGUCCUCGUGCAGUGAUGCCACCUGAGUCCCCGGAUGUUAGACAGACCAGUUUCACACAAAGUACGCCGGCCACUGAAUCGAAAAAGCAGCCUGGUUCCGCGAUGGAGAACGUCGCGACUAUCGAGAAUCAGCCCGUACAAAUACCCAUCGUCACGUGCGACUUUGCUAGCGACGUUAGUACCUCUGAAGCGGAUCCCGGAGGAGGGAACAGUAUUCCCAUGGAGGAAAAGGAUACGCUGAAGGUGACGAUCCCAGUCCCGGUGCAGAAGAGCAACCUGAAGGCAACGCUGUCAGUAAACGGCGACGGCCAAUCGAGCGUGCCAUCGCGAUGCAGGGCGCCUAGCGUCGGCAUCGACGUCGACAUGGUGUCGGAGUUCGACCCGUCGUCGUCGGACAGCGGCGUUGUAUCCAGGUGUGCCGUGGUGAAGCCUUUAAAGCUUCGUCUCUGCCAGCCCAUCUUCGGUCGUAGGAAUCUGGGCAAGCUCAGAAGAGAGCACGGGGACGGAGGACGCACGUCUGGCAAAGACGACUCGGGCGUAGAGUCAAAAUCGUCGAAACCGCGGGACCCGGAGAGAGAGAAGAGGAGACUGGCGAGAAAGAAGGAGAAACGAGCCACUCUGAUACUCGGUUUCAUCAUGGGCAGCUUUAUCGCCUGCUGGCUGCCAUUCUUCGUCCUUUACAUCGCGAAACCUUUGUUCCCUCGCGUCGAAAUACCCACGCAGGCGUUUGUGAUCGCGUUCUGGCUCGGCUACAUGAACUCUGCCCUGAACCCCUUCAUCUACACCGUCUUCAACAAGGAUUUCCGCCGCGCGUUUCGCAGGAUACUGUUCAAAUAAUCCCGUCGUCCCUGGACGAACGUUCUCGAACGGGAUCCAGGUAACACGAAUGAAAAUCGAUCGGCGAAUACAUCGCCUUUGCGAAGUGGAACGUCGAUGGAAGGAUCGGGCAAGAGCGCUUGAACAGAUAUCUUUACUGCGAUAAGUUAGGAGAACGACACGACGAAGGUGUUUAUGCGCAAGAGUCUUGGGAAAUUCGUACGCGACUGUAAAAACUCUCGCGGGACGCUUCCUUUGGAAUGUAAACUCGGUGAAAUUCUAAACUCGGUUCGUGUCUAAUGUGGCCUCGGAGACGGGCGCACCGAGAAUUUCCUCGUCCAUGCAGUUCGAGGAUAACAAUUUUCCAGGAAGAAAUCAUGAGAAAGUCGACAAAUUCGAUAGCCCGUUUUGCCUGUGACGGCCAUGAAUCCUCUACACUCUACGAGAUGUCGUGGACUAUCGGUGUGUUUCAGCAACAGCUGCUGCCUCUCCCUCGAUCGGAUACAACUUCCGACUGGUUGUCGAUUCAACAUGACACCAAAGAAGACAGAUGGAACUUCGCGACAGCCAGCGAUACGGAUUCGAGAACUACGGCUGCAUCGUGAUUUUAAACUAAUUAUAUCGAAGGGAGGAACGCGUGAAAAGUGUCAGAGACGUUUUCUUUUUUGCCCGACAAGGACGAAUUAUUGGUCGCGAUGAUCGCGACACGAUUCGUGGGUUCUCUGUAUCCCGCCUCCGAGGAAUCGGAUCUUUUCGUCGAAGCCACCUCGUCAUCGUUCUUCGUCAGAAUGGAAGAAAAUUGGGUGGGGACGGGGGUGUACCUGCGGCAUUCUUCCUUCUCCGAGUUCCUUGGACAGACGGCACACGGUCCGAUUGUAAAUUAAAAAUCGCGACAAUCCACUUACUAUCGAUGUACGUGAAUGUAGAUAUGUAUAGCAUACGUGUAUGUGUGUAUAUAAUAUGGCCGUCGCGAACGGCUCGUCCGGAAAGUUUCUGUUCUUUGAUAUUCAUGUAGGUAACUAAGAAAGGAACACCUUGCAUGUUCGCUUGAUUUCGCUUCGAAAUUACCUGCUAUUCGAUUCGUGAGCAGUGUAAGAGAUGGAAAAUUUUCCGAAGCACGAGCUACCGAAUACAAAGUUUCUUCUAGGAACGGAAAAUAGUAGUGAGUCGAAGAUUGAAAGAGAAAAAUAGAUGGAAAACGAAGGGAAGGGAAACUGAGAGUUCUGAUGCUUCGCUACCAUGUUUCACGCGACGUGGAACGAAAACUUUCGGAACGGGCUGUGGCAUACGUUGCGCGUGUAAUAAUACGUAACUGUUCUACGAUAUUAUAUACGCACAUCGGCACACGAUCGCAGGAAGGACGAGGAUCUCGAAGCGAGCACAACUUCACGAGAGACGUGAUCGGAAUGAUCGUCAUCGGAUAAAUAAAACAAAAAAAAAAAAAAAGCUAAAACGAAAGGAGCGUGUUUCCUAUUAAAUAGGUACACAUCGUUUUAUCAAUAGGAUCGAUACACGGCUACGGUUUAAUCGUGUAAUCGUUUAAUCACGACAGUUUUUUCGAAUUUUAUCGACUUAAAAUAAACGGUAAGGAUGAUGAAAACGUAACGAUACGUAUUAUUAUAAAAAAAACGUAGAAGUUUCUCGAGUUUAAAAAUCAAAUGAAAGAAGAACGGAGAUGCAAGGGUAGAGAGAAGAGAUACGGGGAAACGAUCGCUUUGCACGACGUACGGUCAAUGGGAAUAGAAUUCGCACGACAGCAAGGAUAAAAAGUAGGAUGUAAUGCUUGCAAUGUCAGAUUUCUGUUUGUUCGCCUUGAAAUAUUAAAUUUGAUUACGCUACACCCUGGUGAAACCGCGAUUAAAGAUGAAUGCACAGCUUUAUUUGUUUAUUGGUGACGCGCGAAGCCAACAUAGAACCCUAUGCGGUUUCAAUUAUUAUGCGGCUUUACGCAAUGUUUGCGCACCGGGGUGCCAAUUCGCGAUCAGCUGCUUUAUAAUUUAACGCUUGCCGACCUCACCGAGGCACCGAAUCCGCUCUCAAAAUCGAUCAAACCGGUUCGAAACUUACCAGCCCCUUUUAUCCGAGCGCACGCUAGUUUUACUUAAUCGAUAGCUGCGCGCCACCGGUGUACGCGAUAUUUUUCUAAGUCUUUCAUUCCAUCGAUUAGAUUUGCUACGUAAUUUCGAAUAUCGAAAGAGAAAGCUGUAUUCGUAUUCAUAAAUACGAUUUACAGGUAUCGGGACAUUUACCAAAAAUAAGAUAAUUUACCAAAAAUCUCUGAUUAUAUCAACAAUUGUUAUCCAGUUCCAAGAGACGUCCUAAUACUUAUGAACUUGUUUAAGGACAUUUUUCAGAAUUGAAAUCGCAGGAAACGACAAGAUGUUCAAGUUAUGUGAAAUAUUUUACGCGAAUCUGUAUUGUGAAAUGUUGGCACACCUAUCUGUCUAGCAACUAUUCGAAACAAAUCAAAGAGCGGCAAAAACGUUGCUCGUAAAUCGAAAGUGGUCCAUCCAUCGGAACAAAUUUCGAAAAACAAUUUCCAUCGAUAGCAUUCAAUCUGGUCUCUCUAUUUCGCAGAUUAAAGAUCAUCCCCGCAGUCUGACCGCGAGAAACUCGAAUAAAAAAUUACUUUCGGGCUUCUGUACCGAGACCGAGGUUCAAAAUCCGACUAUUUUUGGUCGGGCAUUAAGAGUUAAGAGGCAGCAUACGUUUCACAUAACCGACACACCUGCACCGAACUCUCUUUGCUUCCAAUCGGUCUUUUACAACUUUCAGAAUAACAUUUCCGUUCAACAGCGGAAAACGUGUUUUAAAAAACGAUUCCUAUUCAAAUCGACCAGUUCAUUCGUCGAUCGACGUAAUAUCGAAAAUAUCGGGAGUGAAAACGCCAGAUGUGAAAAUUACCAAAAUUGUGAAUUCGUAUUUUUUUCAUAGAUUGCGACGAUGCGCUUUUUAAUGAUAUUUCGUGCAAUAUACGAAUGAAAGCUUUCAUUACAUUUUGUUUCAUUUCGAUUCCGCUGAUGCAAGUUUUACACUUCAGCUCUUUCUAUUUUCAGUGUGCAUAUUUUUUUUAUCAAAAAUAUCUUUCAAGUUGCAAUUUUUAAAAGUUCUGUAGUUCAGUGUAUAAACCGAACAGUUCAAAAUCGAAGAUAUCUUUCAUAUACCUUUCAUUUCUUUCAUCUCGGCUUAGGUUCAAUAUUAUACCCUGGUUAUCGAUAGCUGCAGCGUUCAAACUAAAAAUUUCCAACAAAAUCACGCGCCGAUGUUCCAAAUAAAAGGUAAUUUCAAGAACGAAAUGUUUUCCACGUAACAUUUAUCCCUAGAGCGCGUUUCAAACUAAUUUACGAAUUAGCCGCAACCCCUUUAUAGCCAAGCUGUACAUAUGUCACGUGUGCACGCAUCUACGUGACACGCAACGCGCUACAACGAUAAAUCAAUAAAGCGUAUAUACGUGUGGUCUGUAGUAUGCAAUACACGCGCGUGUCUGGCUUUCUCGCAUUAAUUCUGUCUCUCUCCGACCAAGCUCCACGCAUUAAGGGUGAACUGGGGCAAAGUGUCGGGGGAAUAGACGAACAAGACAGUCUCUCGAGUGUACAGAACCAAUAAGAGGCGCGCUGAUAAGAUUGCAACGUUCAUGCGACGGAUUAUUAGCAUAGCCGAGAUCGAUGGACCGUGUACACGCGGAUACACGUACCACAUAAUAUACCGUAUAUGCGUUCUUCCAGCCGGAUUUUUGCUUAUGAAAGGGUUAGGAAAUCGACGGUUUUGAUGGAUCGAUCGUACAUUAAACAACGUAGGUUGAUGCACUCUUGAUGAUUAUUUGAAUCGGCUGCAACGAGGUGCAAACGCAACGUUUGCACAGCCAACUAUCGAGCAGUUUGCGUGAAAAGCUGCGAAUAAAGCGGACAAGAUUUUUGACAUGGUCGUUACAAAUUGAUUACGACCGGCUGGAGGAACCUGACGCGCAUUUGUUAUCCGGCUAUCUUAGUCGCGUUCCGCGCCGAUAUUAGCAUGUAAAAUUAAAGGAAAUACCAGGCCGUGGAAAAAUGAAUACGUGUCGGUUACGAUAUUUGUCUCCUUGACUCGGUUUCACCCUUCGAUAACCCGAGAUCCAUCGGUCGCGGUGAACAAUUUCGCAUCAAUCGUCGAUCGCAACCUCGUGCAAUCCCAUCUCGAAAUAUUACAACGCGUACCUUGUAACAUGAAAUCCUGUAUUAGACGGUCGGCUGGAUCCUUGAGAAUUUAUCGUGCACGAAAUAAAAGGACUGGAGAUACUGUCGUAAGAUACUAUGUUCUCGAACGCGUAAACGGAAACCAGAAAUGGAUACACAUAACCGAGUGGAAUUUACGUUCUAACCGAGAGGCCGGAUGCUCGGUAAUAUUUCAGACGAUCAAACAUCGAUACAGAGCUCCCUGCUGCUUUUUCCUUCUUUCGCUCUUUCGUCUCGUUAUCGCCGAUAUCCAAUACGUUCGUCUCUUUUCACGAUCUAUUGAUCUCGGGCCAUGUUUCUGAUCUCCAUCUAGAAAAUCGUCGAGGUUGGAGAGACACAGAGCAAUCUCGAGAACUUUUGUGCCUUUUUCUCUCCUGCCUUUUCUCCUUUUUUUCUUCGUUGCUCUCCAGAAACCUUGCUCUAUUCGAUACCGUGGAAAUUCCUCAUCGAACGCUCGCCGUGUUUCCCCGAAAAGCGAGAUCGACCGAAGAUCAUCGAUCUCUCUGCCAAAGUGGCACGGAAUCGAGACACACGCAGCAAUAGGAAAGAAUAAAUGAAUCGUCGGACGUUUCUCCUCGUUGUUAGUUUCAGAGUUAAUUAGAUCGAUAUAAGAUGUAAGCAAAGUUCGGACAGCGAGAUUCGACAUUUUCCUGUAAACGAGUUACUUGUAAGAUAGUAAGAUUAAGUCGAUUCGGAUGAGACUAAAUAAUAAAAUGUAAGAGGCGUGUGCUUGACGUUGGCAAACGCUAAGACGAGAAUUGCAAAAGAGGGAAAUACCGUGAAUCCGUAAAAUGCAACGUACUAAGUAAUUACGAUAACGUACUGUCGUUUACCAUUAAUAUCGUUAAUGAAACUACGUGUACGCGGCGAUCUUGCCUUAGGCGGUCGACCAAAUUUUUUGCAAACCAAAUUUUUCCAUGAAUCUCUCUGUGUGUCAGUAAUUAAUUACCUUACCAUACGUACACACGAUGUUAACUUAAGCUGUAAGCAUAAGAGAAAUUUACCAACGUUAGAAGCAAAAGAUCUAAAUCGUGCGGAGAUUUUGAACGAAUGAUAUACGAAGAACGAAAACGACGAAGAACGAUCUCGAAGGACUGGUGCAAAGAGAGAAGCAAGCUAAACGAUGUUUAAAAUAAAAAAAAAAAGAAACCGAUCAUUCUAAUUAAUAUUACGCUCGUACCGUCUCUGAACCUAAGCGACACGCAACACGUUUGUCACGAGAUUAAAAUAAUAAAUUAACGAAGACACGAUACUUUGUAUUUAUACACGUUGUAUACAGAUAUGUAUAUUGUUACUAAUAUUAUUCUUAUUAUUAUCAACAGAUUACCAUUAUUCUUAUUAUCGCCAUUAUCAUUCUCGAUUCUUAUUACCAUCGAUCAUUCUUACAUAUUAAAUAAUCCAUUGUCGCCGUAGGGAUCGAACGAUCUAUUUUAAUUAUUAUUUCUACUCGUCGAGCGGCACUACUCCUUUGUCUGCUCGAGAUUUUGAAGUAGAGCGAGAUCGUUCGUUAUAUCCACCUCGCUGAUAACGCUGCUAACAAUCUAUUUACCCGAUUCCAAUCAAACUUUUCCAAAAAUAUCUCCGGCAUUCAAGCGGCGACGAACGGACCACCGAGAGCGACGAGAUGCAUCCAGUAGAUUUACAGACACUUUUAUCGUUAGAUUCAUCUUACGAGAACGCAAACUUCCGAGAUUCAUCCUUGUCCGUGGAAAACCAGACGAACUGGUAUAUUUCACUUCGAAUCACCGACUAAAAACUUGGAUUAAUUAUCUCGAUAACCUAGUCACAUUACUCAUCCCGUUGUUUUUUCCUCUCUCCAACUUUUGUAAACUCAUAAAAUUACAUCCGGAUAAUACUCCAUUAAUAGUACGUUGAUUCGAAAAUUUCUGCAAACUAAACGCAGUCAAUUGACAUUCCACCGCGUUAAAUGUACGAUAACUGCACGCCUUUCAAACACGUACACACACCGUCGAGCUCGUAAUUAAUUCGAGUAUUUUCCAUUUCCGUGCCUCUUUUUAAGACCCACCUACUCUAUUUACGAUUUCAAUUAUCAUUGUGAUACCGGACCGCUUAAAAACAAUUUCCCAUUUAAUACCAAAGCCUCCGAAAGCAUGGCGCAUUGUUUCGUUCUUUAAAAUGUCGUAGGCAUCGCGAAUUAAUUUAUUUGCUGAUUUAUUCACUUACCGCGCCACUAUCGCAUGCUCUACCGAUAUUCUAACAAUUAUAAAAAAAAAAUUUUUUUCAUUCCUGAUUAAUCACACGACGAAAUAACCCGAACGAUCUCGCGGUGGGCGCCGCGAAACGAUCUCUAUCGAUAAUAUUGGAGCAAUGAAAUCACUGUGAUAUCACUAAAACGCUUUCAAGGUGUGUGUUGGAAUCGACAAUUAUCGCCACGUUUGCCGGGCUCAGCGUGGCUAAGUUUCCAAUAAAUUAAAAGUGGCAGAAAUGGAAUUAGAUAUUUGGGGGGAGGGAGGUGAGAGAGAGAGAGAGAGAGAGAGAAAGAGAUGAACAAAGAAAAAAAAUAUGAUUUAUGGUAUCGAUUAUCGUAAAUUAUUGUAAAUCAUAUUGUAUUGUAUAUACGUAUACAUACUUAUACAUAAUAUAUAAAUAUACACAUAGAGUACAUUACGGAUGACUACUAAUAUCAUUAAAGAUUACUAUGAUCGUAUUACCGUCAUUGUUAGCCGACACUAUUAUCGAUGCAACAAGUUCUACUGUCUAAUAGCGUUGAUCGUCUGUCGCGGAGAGAGCGAGAGAGAGAGAGAGUGCAGCCUACGCAGGAUCAAAACCGAACACGAAACUAUAAUGCAACGGCCGAAUGAUAUCGGGUCGUUUGCGAACGAUUGUUUUACUGUGCAUGGGAAAAACCAUAUAUCCGGAAGGGAUCUCGUUUCCGGUUCGUUCCGAUUUUUCUUCGAUCUAGUAACGUUUCUAUAUAUAAGCGAACACACGGUUUUCUUCGACUUUAUCAUCGAUCGUCGUAGAGGAAAAGAAACGUAAAGAAUCUGAGAAAGCGUUGUAGUAGUCUAUUUGAAAGGGCAGUUGCAAAUUCUAUCUAGAGACAAUAGCGAGAACGCGAUUAAACGAAACGCGAACUUGUCAGUGGCCGAGAUAACCGGAAGGGCGAUCAUUGCGAGAUGAUAAACCGCGACGAUAUUAAAGCCCGUUGCAAGCAAGCGGAAUGCCUCGUUCUACGCGACACUUCUAUAUGAAAUUUUAGCGAGAGGAUUCGCUGGCGUUUCCACCUCAGCGCGAAACGUGCGUUUCAUCCGCCAUUCGAACACAUCUCGAGGCAAUCGAAAAAUAAUAAUUUUCUUCGAUCGCAGUGAUCGCUCUUCGAACCAGCUUGGGUGCGUGACAAUGAACGGAAUCACCGCUCUUAUUCUUUACUCUAUGAACAUCGCUCGGCGUGCCUCGAUCCGAGAAUAAAUCGUGCAAAUCAACCGAAGCAAGAUUACGUGGCGUCAAAGAGGUAAUUUGAUAAUUUGCCAGUCGGAGAUAAUGAAAUUUUAAGCAGGAUACAAUUAUCCCAGCGGUUAAUAUUCAUUAUAUUUAAUCACGCUCCAUCGAUGCUCGUUUUAAUCCGAUCCCUAUACAGUGGCAACCUUACGAAUUUACAUCGAUUUUCGGAUCGAGGAUUUCACGCGUUGCGAUCAGAACGAUUGAAAUUCGUCGGUUUAAAUCUUUAAUUUGAAACUUGCGAAUAUCAACGAGUUGUCACGACGAUUAUCACGGCCAUAAAAUAACCAUCUACCGAUCACUUCGAAAAUGCUUGAACAAUCAGACGAAGAAUGGUAAUACCGAUCACACCGCUAAACGAAUACUUUCGUUCGCGGAUCUCUCGUCAUCCCUUCGACCUUUCUGCUUGAACGCGAGGUCGUGUCGCUUCGGAUCGAUGUGCAAACGAUACCUCGUUCCAGAUCUAUUCUAAGCUACUACUAAUUCGCGUAGAACGGGGUACGAAACAGUACCAACGAUUUCCUCGUCGUUAUUCGAGAAUGCACGAACUCCACGAGCCAGAUUCUAACGUAAAUCAAAAUUUCCAAUUCCCUAUAUAGCCACGCUAAGAAGCAUCGAUCAUCCUAUCGCCUAUAUCGAACAGGCGUGACUUUCGUUUUUAUUUUUUAACUAUGUAUGUAUGUACGAUUGCGAGGGCGAUUUAUCUUCGUAGUUAAAAACACACAAAGCUUUCGUCGCGAACGCGACGACUAAUUGAUCUCGAUACACGUUGUUUAGCGAUUAAUUGUAACGUUUCGAACGGAACACCAUCGACUCGUUCAUCCGAUACUCGCUGCGUUUACCGCUAAGAAUACAACAGGCUGCACAACUAACCGAAUAAUUCAACGUGACUGAAUCGAAUUUUUGUACCGUUCUCUUUAUUCCAUCUCGUUUCUCUUUUAAGGCACGCGUGGAUUCUCGACAACGAUCCCGCGACUGUACGCAGCAAUAACGUCAGCCUAUUUCGUAAAGCCACAGAAAAAGUCAGACCAAAAGCAAGUUCAGCCUGAAGAAGCGUGCGCCGAGUCUGUAAAAACGUAGCUUCGUAAUUUUUCCGUUAGAAUGUCCCGUUUUUAUUACACGCUGCGUAAAAAUCCGUGUUCCCAUGUAAUAUCGCUCGCGAGAAACUGUCGAAGAGAUUUAAGUUCCUAAUUAGAAUACUUUUCCCAUUAAAAUUCCAAGUUUCCAAACUUUUCUCCAAAUACUCUCGAUCGGGCGUAAAUAAACACGGGUUCUUACACAAACAUACACUGUCAUGCACGCACGAAGUGUACACAACGAGACACUGUAUACACCGGCAGAAUACCGAGAAGCGAACCGCGUAAACGCAGAAACAAAAGAAUCGUUCCGUUUCGGAAAAACGAUAAACGAAAACGAGGAAGAGGAGAAACACAGAAGAGAGAGUCUCGAUAGGCGCAGAAUUCGUUUUACGUCAAGUUUAAUCUAUAAAAGUCUUCCAUUCCUUCCUCAACGUGUAUUCGUCUACGUAUUCGGCUGAUUGGUUACGGACGUAGAGCGCACAGUGAUAUAGCGUGAUUUCUGGAAACGGUAGAGGCCGAGCACUGACGGAUCACCGGUUCUCGACGCGAGUUCCUCUCGAGAUGACGCCACCAAAAACCGAUCGAUUCCACUGGACUGGCAGAUAUCGAAAGCGUAAUCGCGCGUGUCCUCGUCCGCCAAACAUUUACCAGCCUUAAUUUAGUAACUCACUGCGAUACGGUUGAAUUUCAGCCAGAAACGGUUUAACCGUAACGCUCUCGCGCGAAACAUGCGAACAACGCGUCGUUUAAACGCGUUAAUUACAUUUCGACGUUUAAAUACUUUCGUCCGAUUGCGUGCACGCACACAGAUAGGCAUAGAAUAAGAGAGAGAACAAAGGGGAUGAGAGAGAGAGAGAGAGAGAGAGAGAGAUAUGGUUGGAUGAUCGAAAAUCUCGCUGGGCUACGAUUAAAAAAAAAAAAAAAAUAGAAAAAACACAUGGCGGAGAAACUAAUUCCAGCCAGCGUGUAAUCGAAUCAGAGGACCAGUUUUCGAUUGCAAUUUUCCACCCUCUAAAGGGAGACAAUAACGCUCCGAGGAAUAUAAUGGAUUUUAUACAGAAACUCCAGUCCACGGUGCUCUUUAAUUCGUUUGUGGUACAGCCGAGAAACACGAAAGAAAGAAGGUAUAUAUCUAGUUUAUUCGUUAAGGAAGUUCGUUCUUAUACAACGAAGUUGUAAUUCGCGCUCGAGAAAAAUCAAGCGACAUCCUCCGGACGUUCGUCGACUUCGAUAAUAGAAAUUAUUACAGCGAAACUUUCGACCGUCCGCGACACAUUUCCGCUUUGUUCCGUUCUCUCUGGUCGAAAAUUUCACGGAACCUCUACACCAACGGGAAUUUUCGACGCGUCUCCGUUCGCGAUUAAACCGUGCUCGUUCUCACGGUUCUUCGUGCAUAUGGAAACGAAACAACGCGAGCACGCUACAUUUUUGAAGAACGUAGGCUACUUGUUGCUUCGUAGGGAACGCGUAAACUAAUGCCCAAUAAAAUUUCUGCUGAAAAUUUAACAAGCGAAGCUACGAGAACGAGUUCUGGGCCGCCUUACGAUCACGAAACUCCUGCGAAUAAUCGAGACAAGUAUUCACGAGGCGAACGGGUAAAGUCGAAAAGCCCGAAAGUGUCGAUACAGUAUGCUGAUCUUUUGCUUGUUUGGAAGAACAGGAAAGGGGAGAACAGAACUCUCGCUAUUGUUUUGUCGCGAACCGGAGUUCCGUUGCGAAUUGGAUAAGGUCGCUAUGAGACGCGGUCAAUGAAACGAGAAAGAAAAGAAAAAGGAGACUCGCGUUGCUCGUGUUUGGAGCUUGCCGAUUUUUGCUCGUCCUCUCCGUUUGGCCGGGAAAUGCUUAUCGCGGAUAUCAGAGACGCCGGUUUCUCUCUUGCGUGGUCGGUAGGUAAGAGAAAAGCGUUUAAGAGAACAGAAAGGAGAAACGAAAACGGGCAAACGAUCGUAGAAUAUUUCGUUCGGAAUAGCGUGACAAAAAAGGAGAAGCAGUGAAAUGGAGGCAAUAAUAUUGAAUGUGUCUUUUAAGGAGAAAACCGAAGCAACUUUCUGUACAGUUGUAAUCAUUUUAUGAUUGUUUAUGUGAUAAUCGUUGCGUUGUACAUAAAAUACGAUAUCGCCUUAGUUUUUCGAAUAUUCAAACGAUGUACAGGUUUACGUGGAUUUUAUGUAGAUAAAAAGGUUCGAACGAUCUUGUUGAGAUUGAUUUCACUGUAUAUCGAGAUGUUAUAGCGAUUAUAUAGUAUGUAUAAUAUAAAGUAUAAAUAUUGUAAUAAUUUCUUCGAAAUUUCUCCGAGAGCGAAGGAGAGAUCCGGAGAGGAUAAAAGGAGAAUGAGAGGUCUGCUGGAAACUAUCGGAGUGCGAAAGGUGAAAGACUCGUUCUCCAAAAACUGGCACGAGAAAACAGGUACUUCGCAGAGCACGAGCUGCUCAUAGCGUCUUAAAGGAAAGAGAGUCUAAUUUAUACGACGUGGGAAGGGAAAGAGAAUAGGAAAGAGGGUAACAAAAAGGGUAAUAAUUAAACGAGCAAGUGGAAAUAAAAUACAGAAUGAACGGAAGUAUCAAACAGCUUUACCGGUCUACGUUCGCUAUGCCGUUGUGCUCGAAUUGCCUGUUUUUGCAGAAACCCUGGAGGUUCAGUCUAUCGAUUGAGUCCGAUCGAUCGAUCGUCGUCGAGGAUCGACUCGAACGAUCGAUCGUUCGUCGGUGAAACCGUUAAGAAGGUCAAGGAAUACGAGUACUACGAUGUAUACUGGCAUUAAACGAAAGGAACUAUCAGUACAUUACGACUUUGUUUUAUAAAAGAAAGAUGAAAAACGAA